AUGGGUGUCAUGAAUCUGACGCGUGGUCGAAAGGACAACGUUGUAGUCGAAGACUUGCGUCCAACUGGAGAGAAUGAAAAGUCCCAUCUCAACGUGGAGCAGAACAGGGUGGAUGAUGGCUUGACCAACUUGGAUCUUGCGGAGAAAGAGAUCCAGGAGCACCCGGAUGAGGUCACCUCAAAUACUGCCGAUGGUGUACGCAAGGCCGAGGCGGUUGCUUUGGUGUGGAGCAAGAAGGCUGUAUACGCGACCUAUGCCUGGAUCUGGGUCUGCUUUUUCAUGCUGGCACUGCAUUCCUCCAUCGGGUCCAACGUUCUCUACUAUGCCUAUUCUAAUUUCCAGAAUGCUUCCCAGGUCAGCACAGCCAGCAUCUUGGCAAGUAUCGUCGGUGGAGUGCUCAAGCUACCCAUUGGAAAAGUCUUGACCCUGUGGGGUCGUGCUGAAGGUCUGAUCAUCUUCACGGCCGUGUAUAUUGUCGGUAUGAUCAUUCUAGCUUCUUGUAACAACCCCAACAGUUACGCUGCUGGCUAUGUUCUUUACUGGGUUGGAUAUGAUGCUAUCUAUAUUAUCCUGGAUAUCUUCAUUGCCGAUACUUCGGGUCUGCGCAACCGUGCCUUCGCCUUCGCCUUUGCGUCAACUCCCUUCAUCUGCACUUCGUUCACGGGCCCCUUGGCUGCCAAGAGUUUCUUGGCCGGUGGGAAUUGGCGAUGGGCCUAUGGUUCCUUUGCUAUCAUCAUGCCCUUUGUCUUCCUACCUCUGGCCGGUGUAUUCAAGUACUAUGAGAGCAAGGCCCGGAAGAUGGGUAUCUUGCGACGCCCAACGAGCGGCCGGACAACUAUGCAGUCCGUCGCUCAUUACCUGCAUGAGUUCGACAUCAUCGGUGCCCUCAUCCUAAUGGCGGCUUUCAUUUUGUUCCUCCUGCCGUUCAGCUUGGCCAACUACGGCCGAACCCAAUACGGGGAGGCUUCCUUCAUUGCCCCUCUUGUCAUUGGAUUCCUACUCUUCUUCGUCUUCGCAGCAUGGGAAAAGUGGUUCGCUCGCACCCACUUCAUCCCCUACCAACUCUUCCGAGACCGCACCGUCCUCGGCGCCUCUUGUCUUGCAGCCAUCCUCUUCUUCAGCUUCUACUCCUGGGAUCUCUACUUCUACUACUUCGUGAUGGUCGUAUACAACCUCGAUGUUCCGACGACCGGCUACAUGACCGCGAUCUACACCGUGGGCUCCUGCUUCUGGUCUGCGGUUUUCGGUGUUUGGAUCCGCUACGUGAAAGAGUUCAAGUACACCUGCCUCUGCUUUGCCCUACCUCUGAUGACCCUCGGCGCAGGCUUGAUGAUUCACUUCCGCGGCUCGGACGGCGACAUCGGCUAUGUGAUCAUGUGUCAGAUCUUUAUUGCUUUCGCUGGUGGCAUGCUGGUCAUCGGUGAGCAGAUGGCCGUCAUGUGCGCCUCUGACCGUGAGGGUAUCCCCAUGAUGAUCUCGCUGGUUUCACUCGCCUCAAACUUGGGUGGUGCCGUCGGCUAUGCUGUCUCGGCUGCCAUCUAUGCCAACACCUUCCCCGAGGGUCUGCGCAAAGCUCUCCCCGAAAGGGCAAAGGACCAGUGGGCGGCUAUCUAUGCUGGUGGAUAUCUUGCCCAAAUGAAAUUUGCGCCCGGCACUGAGGAGCGUGAUGCGAUCAAUUUUGCUUAUGGCUACAGUCAGAAGAAUGGCUGCAUUGCUGCGACGGCUAUUCUCGUCCUUGGUAUUCCGUGUAUCGCUAUGUGGAGGAAUUAUAGGGUGGAUAAGGCGCAAAACAAGGGUACUGUCCUUUAG